AUGACCCAGGUCUCUCCAACCAUGCAUAUGUCUUCACCACCCCAGCGGCCAAAAGGCAUCCUCAAAAACUCCUUCCGCCGCUCUCCCCCCACGCGGCCUUUCCUGCCCAACGCACCCUCCCCCGAGCAUGCCGUGAACACCUCCCCUCCCACGAACACGCUCACCGCCCAAGUCACGUCCAGCACUCCAGAACAGGACCUUACUCUUCAAAACACACUGCAAAAUGCCGGCCACCGUCGCAACUCCAGCCUUGACCCCCGUGCGAAUGUUUCUCGUCGCCAGUCCAGCAACGCCGGCCUCCCAGGCAGCGAGAAUGGUGAUGAGAAUAUGCGGUUGCGCUGGGAUGAGGCGAAUCUAUACCUCACCGAGCAGGAGAAGAGUUCUACGAUGAAGAUCGACGAGCCGAAGACCCCGUACGCGAAACGCUAUGAGCCAGAAGAAGACGAAGACGAGAUGCGGACGUUAGAUGCGCAGGAACUCAAAGUGGAUGAAUUGGAUAAGAUCAAAGAGGGACGGAGAGCACUGAGGACGAAGGAGGCAGAGAUCCCAGGCUUGGAUAUUGGAGAGCCGGAGGAGGAUGUCUCGUUGGCGGCCGGGGAUGAGGAUGACAGAAUUGAGCGGAUUCGGAGUGCAAGUGGGAGUGCGGAGAGAAGCGGUAGUGGCAGCCUUGGACGGAGUGGGAGUCUGAAAGGGGAGAAGAGUGUAGUUGUGGAUGAUGAGGCGCCUGAUGGGAAAGGCCACGAUGGGAUCGUAAGGCACAAGGAUUUCGAGGAGAUGAGGAAGAAGCAUUAUGAAAUGAAGGACGUGAAGGGCCUGCUCGGGCAUUCUGCAGAAGAGCUCGAGGCGAUGGACGAGGAUGAGGAUGCCCCGCCUCCUGUGCCGAAGCUCGACCGGACUCCCGUUAAUGGAGCAUAG